CGUCGUUUCUUCCUCUUCCGCAGUCUCACCUCCUUCAUUCUUCUUCAUCCUCACUCACUCUGACGCUGGAGAAAAGACGUCGCAUGAGCUGCACAAUCCUACUCUCGUUGUUUUUAACCCCCUUACAAGUUACGCCCCUGUCCCUGCUAGACGAUGUUCCCGGUGGUUGCCCUCGUUCCACCUAGAACAAUAAUAACUUUGGACCGUCCAGCUAGUAGUAGUGCUCUAUCCCUGCCAACCUCCGACUCUAAAGCAUGUGCCGACAACUCUAAACCUGCUUUGGCAACGUCAUCUCCGCAGUUUAUGAGGUUGUCGCAACGUUCUCCAUGCUUAUUACUCCGCGAGUUUACCGGCUCGCCCAGACCCCGAAUAACGGCUCGCGAUCGCCUUCUUCCUACCACCCAACCUUCCAUGCGCUGACCGGCUGGGACGUUGAGCCAGCGGAUUACAAACGAGCUGCGGAUAUGUUGUUGAUGCACCAGGUUGGCAGUGUUCGUGUGGGGGAGGUGGUCCGGUUUACGCUCACAUACACCCCUUCCGCAGAUCGCAUCCUCCCCACACCCGCGGAACUCUUCGUCAAAGUUAGAAAUACCUCUGCAAUACCUCUACGCGCCGCAUAUUUGCACGGCCCUUACACUCUAUAUACCUCGUGCUACCCUUCGUCCUUCGAUCCAAACCGGAAAUAUGAGGACCAUGAAACCCGCGGCCUUCCGCAAUUCGAACCAAACUUGAAGGCGGGAGGGGCAUUCGACGCGGUGAUUCCGGUGCCGGAGAGCGCCUCGCCGUCACCUCUUGCAGCAGAUGGGCAGAGUGUGACUUGGAUAAUCGAAAUCGCAUCGCAGGUGAUAUUUUCGACCUCAGCGGCUGUAAACUUUGAAGUCCUCGUUGGGAGAGACUUGAAGUCUUUGGAACUCGGAAUGGGGAGCUCGGCGAGCUUGCCCGCUCCUGGUCAUGUCCGCGAUCUGGCCAGACGUGGCUCAGAGAGCAAACAUCAGAAUCCCUCAGGCCAAAUGAAGGGGGUAUACUCCACUGCAGUCAACCUCGUUGUUGAAGACACAGCAAGCCUUUGGAGUACGCCGCGAUUCCCGUCCUGGAGUGAGAAGGAAGACCUUCGAAAACUGGAAAUGGAACAGACGGAGAUUGCUACGGAGCCCCAGAAAGAUUCCGAAGCCAGUUCAACCGCGGACGAGGGAAAUCGAAAGAAACGGAGGAAAGUACAUUUCGUCGUCCUGACGCAUGGGCUCCAUAGUAAUCUAGGGGCCGACAUGUUAUAUCUUAAAGAGAGUAUAGAUGCUGCCGCAAGGAAGGCCCGGGAAGAUGCGCGGAAAGAGCGAAAUAAGCACAAGAAUCUGCAAUCCCCCAACCUAGCUGUACCUGGAGAGGGGACCUCUGAUAUGCCUCCGAUAGAUAGAACGCGAGAAGCCUCAGAAGAUGAUGACGACGAUGACGAGCAUGUCAUUGUUCGAGGAUUUCCAGGAAAUGCCGUCCGCACCGAAAGAGGCAUCCAGUAUCUUGGUAAACGGCUCGCGAAAUAUGUGCUACUUAUGACUUACCCAGACCAGCCAUAUCUUCCCAUCAAAGAAUCCCGCCGCAAAUUCCGAGCAUUUACUGGCAACAAAGAUGUAGCCGGUCCCCUUGACCAUGCUUCCCAUUCUGGGAGUACAGUGUACCGCCCGGAGCCGAAGAAAAAGGAUUAUGCCUACCAGAUCACGAGUAUCAGUUUUAUAAGCCACUCACUUGGUGGCCUCGUCCAGACGUAUGCAAUUGCCUAUAUUCAAAAACAUUCCCCUGAAUUUUUUGACCGGAUCAAGCCUGUAAAUUUCGUUGCUCUUGCGUCUCCAUUUCUCGGACUCAGCAAUGAAAACCCGAUCUAUGUUCGUUUCGCUUUGGAUUUUGGACUCGUCGGUCGCACCGGCCAAGACCUCGGUCUGUCAUGGACUGCCCCCUCCAAAAUGCGAAGUGGAUGGGGCGCGAUGAUAGGAGGAUUGGGAAAUGAUUCUCCCAAGUCUAGCCAUCAACCGGAUCCCAAGUCAAAGCCACUGCUGAGGAUUCUUCCCAGCGGCCCUGCUCACCAGGUGCUCAAGAAAUUUCGGAAUCGUACCGUGUACUCCAACGUUGUAAAUGAUGGAAUUGUUCCACUUCGAACCUCUUGUCUCCUUUUCCUUGAUUGGAGGGGCCUAGAUCGGGUUGAGAAAGCCCGGCGGGAAAAUGGUCUGGUCGGAACUAUGGCGGAAUGGGGAUGGGCUGAGAUUACAGGGGCUAAUGUUAACACAAAUUCAAUUCGAGCAACCAAACGCCCUACAGGUUCCAUGCCUACAAAUUCUAUCAAUGGGGACAGCGAAGACGACAAGGUUAAAAAUGGAAAGUUGGUCAGCUCACCUAAGAAAGGAGAGAGCGAAGUUCCCAAAUCACAGGGAGAUAGCCCAAGAACCCUAAAUGGAAGUCUCGAAACUACCCCAGAACUUCCCAAGCCGUCUCAGUUCUUAACUGGAGCGAGCAACACAGAACUAUCGCAUGGUACGAAUCUAGUCAAGCCGGCUCCACCUUCCUCACCGAAUCCAUUCUCCAGUUUCCUUUCCCUGUUUAAAGCACAGGGGAAAAGCAGCCAUCAGAGCAAAGGAGCAAAAAUCUAUAAACGGAUCCAGACUGUCCGGAAUGAUGAAACAGCUGAAACCCCAUGGACAGACGGUCCAUCCGACUCACCACGUACUAGGCUCGCUAGGGGAGAUUCCUUUUACCAGGAUGAAGGCCACCACGCUCCGCCGAAAACAACAAUUCUAGAAGCGGCUGGGGAUGUCCUUAAACCUCCUCUGCCAUCAACAGAGUAUAUUCUGAACCCUGCAACCCGCGCAAGGACUAUCUUCCAUGAUCGCGUAUACCAUCCAUCCGAUAUACCCCCGCCCCCUCCAAUAAGAAGCCGCAGCUUUUUCCCAACUUCCAGCACCAGCAACCUUCCCUCACCCACCAGCCCGACGAAAGGUGUACAUGACCCACCCAGUAGCCAACCAAUCCAUACCUCCUCCGAUUCAGUUCUUGGUACGACGAGCGGCAUGAAAGUCGAGGAGAAAAUCGCCCGCGCCUAUCAUCGAGACUUAUCCUGGCGCAAAGUGCUUGUCCGCCUCGAACCUGACGCACACAAUAAUAUAAUAGUCCGUCGUAUGUUUGCAAACGCCUAUGGCUGGCCCGUCGUCAAACAUCUCGUCGACACACACUUUGCAAACACCAUCACCGCAAGGACGGCGGACGAGCUCGAAAGCGGUGCCGAGCGCGCUGUGCUAACAAGCCGCACCCCCUCGGAGUCUGGUAAGGAAGUUCUUGGCCAAGUUGAUCCACCAGGUCACCCAUCAACACCAACUAUCGAGAAAGCACAACACGAGAGCCAGCAACUAUCCGAAUCAUCAGAGGCAAAGGACGAACUACACCCCAUCUCCUCCCAAAUUAACCCACCGCGCAUAGUGCCAUAUACCAACACGAACGACGCCACUACAAAUAAUACCAGCGACGCCCACCGACCCGUCAGCUCCGUCAGCCGCAUAUCAUCCUCCCAAUCAAAGACCUCCCAUCCAGACUCCUCUCGGUGGACGGAUCGGUAUUUCGACGACGAGGACGGCGAGGGAUAUGACUCUCAGGACGAAGCGCAUUUUACGGGUAGCGGGAUUCGUGUAGUUGCUAAUGAACAGGUAGCUGCUGAUAAUGACGAUGUUAUUGCGGGUAAUGGGUUGACCGGGUCUCCGACCACGACGACAGUGACGACGAAGGAUGAUGCCGAGGCGAAGGGGACGAGUAAGGCGGAGAUCACGGCGUUUUUAGCUACUGGGUCGUCCGGUGGUGUUGGCAAUUAAUGGUUUAGAAUUAGAGUUGAAAAUACAGUUACUGUGGAAUCAUGCAUUUAACGUCCGGUAGGUUUUUUGGGGGUUUUUGGGCUUAUUUUUUUGGGGGCGUUCUGGGGUUUAUUUGCUGUUUGUGGGUUCCUCGAUACCCCAGCUUUUGCUCUUUUCAUAAACGUACAUGUACAUUUUCUCCCUUACAUACUCCGUCAUUGUGUUGUGAGGACAGAAACAGAACUUACUUAACUGUGCAGAGAUGUGCUAGUUACAUUGUUUCUAGCAUCUGUGUAUAACCUAAUAUUAGCUGGUCCUCUCCAGUUUCCUUUCCAUUUUUCCUAGAAUCAUUUACUUUUCUUGCUCCACUUGCUUUCUCUUCUUCCAAGAUUAUGUAUUGGGUUUGUCAUUUAUUAUUUAAUAAGUUGGUUCCUUGUGAUUAUGCAGUACAUAUACAGUACAUACUUGCACAUACACUGGGCACUAUCUAUCUUCAUGUUGAUGUAUUUAAUGUAAAACACGCAUAUUCAACCACCCACUCCAAAUCCACAUCAAAAAAAAAAAAAAAAAAAAGCUACUCCCACUCAACAUCCUUUGGAUAACUCGCCCCCAACACCGGAACCCCGCAACUAUACCUCUUCGUCCGAUCCCUCGAAAUAUUCCUAUUUCCCCUCAACACAUACCGACACACAAACGGGCCCUCAUCGCACCUCUUCGGAAUAUAAUUAUUCUCACAACUCACCGCCGAUCGAUGAUUCUUCGCCAGGUCCGACACGGGGAUCUUCAUCC